CUGAGCCAUGUGCUGCUUUAACUUGUGAUGUGACUGGUAUUGUAUUUGGAUAGUGCGCUCGGUUCAGUUUGCUGAGCGUCAUCUUUGCGUCAAUUGCCACUGCGAGUCCGCAAAAGAGGGAAGUGGCGCUUGAUAAGGCGGCCGCUGCCGCUGCCUCUGACCACAAUCGCCACUUCUUUAUUCCUGGUUCACCCUUCAAUACACUAGGUCCGAGUGCAAAGCUGCAAGAUCCAUUCAUCAAUAUGUGUGGCUUUAACUGAUGAAAAAUGAAGUCUAGCAGAGCAAGAAUAUUGGCACUGACGGCCUUGGCCUUCCUUGUCUUUAUAAUUCCCGCAGCACAUUCGACGGGAAAGCAGGACCAAUCUGGUGGUAAUGGGAAUAAAGCGCUACCCACCUUUACUGAACCUAGCAGUAAAUACACCACCGAAUCUACACGCAAUGAUUCACUACAGACGACAUCAGUGCAAUCUGAUGAGUCUUUAACAAGCGUUCCUCAUUAUUCUGGCACAACAAAAAUUAGCUUGUCAAAUGGAAUCACAACGGCAGAUCCUUCUCAAAAAGCCUCGUCUUCUUUCGAACCCAGUUCCUCAACUUCAGAAAACGAGAAUGAAUCAAACAAUAUUACAGGAUUGACAGCUUCAGAGGUUCCGAGCACAUCUUCAGCGCUCAGUUCCUCCACUACAGAAACUGGAAGCCAAUCAACUACAAUUACUGAUGCGCCGCAACAAUCGAAUACCAAUGCUAGAGUCUCUUCUGAGACUGUUUCUGCGUUGACCCAGUUGGCUGAUAAUUUUACGAGCAUGACUAGUGAGACACUCGCAGAUUUUUCUUCAGCCAUCGAAUCUUCACCCGAAAAUGAAAUAUCCUCAACUCAAAGGAAUAAAGCGCUACCCACCUUUACUGAACCUAGCAGUAAAUACACCACCGAAUCUACACGCAAUGAUUCACUACAGACGACAUCAGUGCAAUCUGAUGCUAGAGUCUCUUCUGAGACUGUUUCUGCGUUGACCCAGUUGGCUGAUAAUUUUACGAGCAUGACUAGUGAGACACUCGCAGAUUUUUCUUCAGCCAUCGAAUCUUCACCCGAAAAUGAAAUAUCCUCAACUCAAAGGAAUAAAGCGCUACCCACCUUUACUGAACCUAGCAGUAAAUACACCACCGAAUCUACACGCAAUGAUUCACUACAGACGACAUCAGUGCAAUCUGAUGCUAGAGUCUCUUCUGAGACUGUUUCUGCGUUGACCCAGUUGGCUGAUAAUUUUACGAGCAUGACUAGUGAGACACUCGCAGAUUUUUCUUCAGCCAUCGAAUCUUCACCCGAAAAUGAAAUAUCCUCAACUCAAAGGAAUAAAGCGCUACCCACCUUUACUGAACCUAGCAGUAAAUACACCACCGAAUCUACACGCAAUGAUUCACUACAGACGACAUCAGUGCAAUCUGAUGCUAGAGUCUCUUCUGAGACUGUUUCUGCGUUGACCCAGUUGGCUGAUAAUUUUACGAGCAUGACUAGUGAGACACUCGCAGAUUUUUCUUCAGCCAUCGAAUCUUCACCCGAAAAUGAAAUAUCCUCAACUCAAAGUUUUAAUUUUGAAAUCACCUCUUCUACGGAGUUGACACCUUCUGCUGACGUUUCAAGUUCAUUUUCGGCUCUCAGCUCCUCAUCUGCAAAUACUGGAAGCCAAUCAGUUGAUCAACAAGAUGAAAAUAACUUCACUUCCUCAGAGAAUCCCUCGGAAGGAAAAUCAGAAGGCACUACUUCGUUGAACACUGAAAGCUCUAUGAUUGCAUCAAGCAUUUCAGAAUCUCAAUCGACCACCAGCUUGUCAACUUCAAUCUCAGAUAAAAUGGAGAAAAGGGACGCUGAAGCUCAGACAGACGAAAAAAAUUCAACUAACAACACCACCGCAAAAACAACUACUUUCCGCUCAGAUUACGAUAAUCAAGCAAGUGCAACAUCGCCAAAGCCAACAACUACCUCAACGACUAGUCAGAAUACAACCAAAUUAAGUUCAAGCAUCACCUCCUCCAAUACAAUGAGCACUUUCACUACGCAAAAAACUCCCAGCAGUACCACCACUUCAGUUCCAAAGAUAAUGUUAAACAAUAUAACAGUAAUUGAAGAUCAAGCGACACUUGAAUUUAUAUCGGAUGUUGCGUGCAAUGAUGUGCAACUAAUUUGCCUCAGAAAUGACACUUGCUGUAAAAACGGGAGUUGUGAACAGGGGAACUCCAAUAAAUCCGUCAUGUUUGGUGGACUCACCAGCAAUUCAGGUUAUGAAAUUUUUGUCAACUCGACGAAAAUUGACAAAACAGUACAUACCGAAGUAGUCGUAGAUGUCCCGCCUGUGCGCAAUUUGAACAAAACCAAAGAUUUUUGGGGCAUAUAUCUCACGUGGGACGAGCCUUGCUCAAAUACUCCAAAUCAAAAUUUUUCCUACAAGGUGAACGUUAGUUAUUGCGGCAGUAAUUAUCUCACCAACGUGACAACUAAAAAAGCGUUCAACAUUCAUGAUUUGAUAGAUGGUUGCAAUUACACAAUUUCAGUGACUGCCCUGCUUGGCAAUAAAGAAAUAAAUCAAUCAAAAGCCACACAUAUUGGAGUGGAACUAAAGCCUCUUGAAAAUAAAUUGAUAAAAAUCAAUAAUUCUACGGACGUGGUUAAUAUUUCUUGGUCUGUGGAUGCCAAUUAUACGGAAGUGGAGGCCUACUGCAUGGAUUGCAAAGGUGGAAAUUGCACAAGCGAUUUUAAAGCUAAGGUCUCGACCCGUUAUAUUGAUUUGAAGGAAUUGUAUCCAGGAAAGAGCUACGAUUAUAAUAUAAAAUUUCAUAAAUUGGAACUUACACGGACGGUGAAUGGGACGUUUACUACAAAAGUAGAAGUGGCAGGUCCCAUGCAUUUAGCAUUUGACAAUGAGACAAAUAAAUUAACUUGGAAGGCCCCAAACCUAAAAUGUUACACAAUUAAAGAUUACAUGGUUCAAUUUAAUUUAACUACAAAAAGCACCAAUAACCAAACCGAGUUUCGUGUUACCAAUGAAAAUUUAAAAAACAACCAAAGUGUAACAGUGAAAGUUUUUGCGAUUGAUUCAAAUGAUGACAAAGGAGAGGAGAGCAGCCUUUACAUUACAAAAUUAGACGACAUACCUUCACCGCCAUCUGGAGAAGUGGAGGCGUCACUUGGUGACGAAAGGAGAAGCAAACAGGUGGCUAUCCAGUGGCCGAAGAAUCUUUUUGGAGAAUCAAAGAUUACCAGAUGGGCAAUUUUGGUAGCGAGGCACAACAACGACGCAGCCCAAGGUAAUUACAUCGGACAAGGAGAAGAGGUCAUCACGUGGGCUCAGCACAUGAAAAACAAUGGCGAUCCGCGAUUCUACCGACCAACCAAGGAAGAAUGGAAUAUGGACAACACGGUUAGCAAUUUUCGUUAUCACGUUGGGGCAGAUGACAGCUGCAACCCGGAUGAUUUGACUGUAUUCUGCAACGGGCCUCUAAAACCUAAAACCAAAUACUAUUUCAAAAUCCGAGGCUUCACCACUGUUGGCUUCAGGGACACAGCGCUGAAAAGCUUAGAAACCGACGAAGAGACGAGCAAUGCAGGCAUUUACAUUUUGGCGCUCGUCAGUCUGAUUUUCAUCGGCACCAUCCUGUUUGGUAUUUGGUUCAAUCGUCGAGAAAACCCUAGAUGUGUCCAGAAAAUUAUGUUCAGAAUGGGUGCAAUCCGGCGCGGUAUUCAGCAGCAGCGAGAGACGAUUAUAGAAAUGCAGGAGCGGCGCCCGUUGAUAAGUAAGUCGGUACCUAAGAGCGAAUUCGCUAAGUACCUGGAGAAACUAUUGGACGAAGCUGAACACGAGGAGGGAAACGAACUGUCCGAGCAGUUCAAGCAACUUGCGAUGCUGAGUCCACCACCGCCGUCAACUCACCCUGAAAACUAUUCGGCCGCCAUGCUCCAGUACAACAAGCGGAAAAACCGAUACAUCAACAUUUUGCCAUAUGACAGUACACGGGUAGUUUUGUCAGUGGUGAGCCCCAAUGACCCAGAGUCUGACUACAUCAAUGCCUCCGAGGUCAAAGGGUUCAGUGGCCAGAUCGAGUACGUCGCCUGUCAGGGUCCGCUGGCGGACACUGCUGAAGACUUUUGGCGCAUGGUCUUCGAAAAGGACGUAUGCGUGAUUGUCAUGGUCACUAAUUUAGAAGAAAAGGGGAAGAUAAAGUGUCACAAGUACUUCCCAGACUUGAGAGAAACUAUAAGGUAUGAGCGGGUUGCCGUCAAGUGCAUCUUGCAAGCGGACUUCCCUGUCUACACCAGAAGGACGUUUUUAGUACAGGAGACUGACGGAAUAAUUUUGAAAACGGUGAUUCAACUCCAUUUCAAAGAGUGGCCGGACUUCGGGUGCCCUGAAACGACAGACCUGCUGCUCAGUUUCUGCCGCACUGUUAGGGAACUGGCCAACGCCAAUUUGGAUGGCCUUGUCCUUGUGCACUGCAGCGCUGGGGUUGGUCGGACAGGGACCCUGAUAGCUUUGGAUAUGUUGCUGCAAGAAAUUAGGGCAAAUCGAGAGAUUAACAUCUUCGACAAGAUUCUGCAAUUGCGGUACCAACGAAUCAACAUGGUCCAGACCGAGGGCCAGUACAAAUACAUUCACGAGUGUGUGCGAGACGCCAUUGAGGAAGACAUGAAAGAUGGUUUAAACAUGAACGGCGGUGGUGGCAGAGUGAGCGCCCACUUGGACCCUAUUUAUCAAAACUUGAAGAAGGAUCUGAAAGAUCGCCCGACUAGCGUUUUGACUGAAAUUCAAAAUUUGGAGGAAAUCUCGUCCGAGAAUGAGGAAAUCGAAUCAAGUCAAGAGGAGUUGGCACCCGCCACCGUAAUAAAGGUUCGACACAGUGUAAAUAUGGAGUUGGAUAACGAAGUAACCGAAGUGGUCAUUCCUAUAACUGAAACCGAGGCGGAAGACACUCAAAGAACGACGGACGACAACAAUUUGUAAAGCUUUAUGUUCAACUGAUUCAUUUCAUUUAAUGUAAGAUGUUGCAUAUUUACUGAGAGUUUAUUCUAAAAAUAUGGAUGGGAAAAAUAUAUAAAUGGAUAUUAGGCUUAGAUACGACGGCCAAAAAAGCAGUCUAUUUUGUUUAAGCAAUGCACUAGCAGGGGAAAGUUUAAAGUUUCUGCCUAUAAAAUACAGUUUCAAGUACUUAUAUGAACAUCAAAUUUCUAGAUAAUGUGAGCGUUUUAUUUAGGCUUUUUUACAUAACUGAUUCCUCCUGAUCUCUUUUUUCCAUUGCGUUAAUCAUGAACUGCUAAUAUUUGGAGAGUCAGUCCAAAAUCCCAAUUGAAGAUAUAUAAAAAGUAAUCGAUUUUCUUGGCUGGGAUCCCUUAUUUUUUCCCAAAACUGUUUUUACAUGCUAUGUACCGAUAUCCACUUUAAGAAGAUGAUCUUUUGCUGCAGAGAAAUACGCUGUGAAUAUGUAUUUCAGGAUACAUUUAUGUUUAAUAAUUAUUAACAUUCCAUAUUUUCCUAUAAAUAAAUUGUAGAUAAGUAUAGUUGCAAAUUAAAUAAAUAUACUGGAUCAAUAAUUGCAAUGUAUUGUGUUAUUAUAAAUAUACUUAAAAUAAAAUCAAUUGCUUGAAG